AUGGCUCCCUUUAUUGAUAAUGAAAGAAGUGUUGAAGAAAAUUCAUUCACACCCAAAAAUGAGGAAUCCUGCAUUGGUGGUGAACAACCUCUUUGUAUGGUAGCAUUUGAGGAAUCCUGCAUUGGUGGUGAACAACCUCUUUGUAUGGUAGCAUUUGAGGAAUCCUGCAUUGGUGGUGAACAACCUCUUUGUACGGUAGCAUUUGAGGAAUCCUGCAUUGGUGGUGAACAACCUCUUUGUACGGUAGCAUUUGAGGAAUCCUGCAUUGGUGGUGAACAACCUCUUUGUACGGUAGCAUUUGAGGAAUCCUGCAUUGGUGGUGAACAACCUCUUUGUACGGUAGCAUUUGAGGAAUCCUGCAUUGGUGGUGAACAACCUCUUUGUAUGGUAGCAUUUGAGGAAUCCUGCAUUGGUGGUGAACAACCUCUUUGUACGGUAGCAUUUGAGGAAUCCUGCAUUGGUGGUGAACAACCUCUUUGUAUGGUAGCAUUUGAGGAAUCCUGCAUUGGUGGUGAACAACCUCUUUGUACGGUAGCAUUUGAGGAAUCCUGCAUUGGUGGUGAACAACCUCUUUGUAUGGUAGCAUUUGAGGAAUCCUGCAUUGGUGGUGAACAACCUCUUUGUACGGUAGCAUUUGAGGAAUCCUGCAUUGGUGGUGAACAACCUCUUUGUACGGUAGCAUUUGAGGAAUCCUGCAUUGGUGGUGAACAACCUCUUUGUAUGGUAGCAUUUGAGGAAUCCUGCAUUGGUGGUGAACAACCUCUUUGUAUGGUAGCAUUUGAGGAAUCCUGCAUUGGUGGUGAACAACCUCUUUGUACGGUAGCAUUUGAGGAAUCCUGCAUUGGUGGUGAACAACCUCUUUGUAUGGUAGCAUUUGAGGAAUCCUGCAUUGGUGGUGAACAACCUCUUUGUACGGUAGCAUUUGAGGAAUCCUGCAUUGGUGGUGAACAACCUCUUUGUACGGUAGCAUUUGAGGAAUCCUGCAUUGGUGGUGAACAACCUCUUUGUACGGUAGCAUUUGAGGAAUCCUGCAUUGGUGGUGAACAACCUCUUUGUAUGGUAGCAUUUGAGGAAUCCUGCAUUGGUGGUGAACAACCUCUUUGUAUGGUAGCAUUUGAGGAAUCCUGCAUUGGUGGUGAACAACCUCUUUGUAUGGUAGCAUUUGAGGAAUCCUACAUUGUAAGCAUUCGUCCAUGCAGCGAUGUCGAAGUAAUUUACCAUUGUGUUGCCCACGCCUCCCGUCUCGGCACUAUGCAAGCAUCUGUUCUGGGUUUUCAUUUAAAACAAUUAUGA